AUGAAUCGGCUGAAAACUUCUGUUGGGUUGAUCGCCAAUUUACCCACGGAAAUCGCGACCACUCAUGAGGUUUUACAAUCGUCUGUUGACCGGUCGCAACAUAGCUCUGUGGCUACCUCUGUUGCUAGCUCAAGGCACUCUUCGUUUCCUGAAAACGGAAAAAAGAGAGCAGCAGGAUCAUCAACCCUCUCACGCAAACUGGCGACACAACAGAUUCAUCGAAAGAGACUUCUCAGAGCUACAGCAAUCAGUACAAAGAUGAUAAAUGAUACGAUCCAAUACCUCCAAACGGUAUCUGACCACAUCUUGAUCUCAGACACCAUUUACUUCAGGGAGUGGGCCACUAUGCAUCUCGCCACACGAUUGCUGCAGAUAUUAUCACAAGGGAGGAACUGGAGACAGAAGCCGUGCCCGAUAUAG